UCUGUGUUUUUUGAGCAUGUGUGUUUACGCCACCAGUCUCAGCCAGGAAAAGUGGGAGAAGAAGAGGAGAGGUGGACCACGGUGUGGUUAACCUCAUAACGUCACGAGCUCUGCAGGGAUUGGCUGCUGCUGGAGGCUGAAGGCUUUAUAAACCAACCGGGAGCCUCGACUUCAGCAGCAGCAGCAUCGACUCAGAGGACCAGGAGAUUUAAAAAAACAGAGUUCUGCUAAAAUCCUGCAGCUUCCUUCAACUGCAAACAAGCUCCGGGCACCAAACUGUGACACAAUGAAAGUGGCGAUUGUUUUUGUUCUGCUCUUCGCCACAGUCCUUUGCAGGCCGGCGAAGAAAAUUUCGGACAGUGGUUCUGACAGCUCUGAGGAAGUGGUGAGACGACCAGCAGCUCCAGCUGUCAGGAAACAGACGCUAGUGGCUCCAAAGCAUCGACCAGCCCCUGUGAAGAAGGUACAGAAAGUCGUAGCGGCUCCUGCAGCGGGAUCAGACGAGAGCACAGAGACUUCAGAGGAAAACCAGGGAGUGGAACCAGUUAAAGAGCUGGUAAAGUUCAAAGCUGUCAACGCAGACCCGAACCCACCUACUGAGGCUCCUCCUGUCAACAACGAGGACAGCGAAGGUGAAGACGACGAUGAUGAUGAUCAUGAAGGAGAGGAAAAAGAGGAUGAGGAAGACGAAUCCACCGACUCAGACUCCGAGUCGGGCGAGUCCUCCACCCCGGCUCCAGGCACCCUCAGCCCCGCCAUCGUCACCGAGGAGCCCCUGCCUGAAACCACCAUGGAGCCCAUCUUACCGACCAUCGUCACCGACACGGACGCAGGCCGCGGCGACAGUUUGGGAGGAUACCCUGGCGACUACAAGUCUGUCAUGUAUGUGGAAGAGAAGUCCUAUCACAAGGUUCCCGUUUCCUACAAGUCCUACGAGGUUGUCGGUAAAGAAAAGAAGACGGGCUACGACAUGACCGAGGGCAACGAGGUGGAGAAGCUACCAAAGGUAUACAAGGUACAGUCUUUCCAGAUCCAGCCGGACCUCCUGGAGGAGGACACCAGCACCCCGGAGGUGGAGAGCCAGGGCCUGGACGUCUCCUCCGGGACGUCUCAGGACCAGGACAUGAGCGCCCGCCAGGCCCCCCUCCCAGAGGAGGCGAGCGCGACCAUCGAGAGCAGCAGCACCCCGGAGGAGGAGGAGGAGGAGAGCGCCAGCGCCGAGUCCGAAGACGAGGAGAGCCAGAGCAGCGAGGAGGCCACGGCCACGCCCGGCGCCGCUGACGACGACUCGGACGAGAGCGACGAGUCCGAAGAGGAGGGGGCGGGGCCUGACGUCACCACUGACAUGCCGGCAGUCGUCACGGCCAAAUAAACCACAGAGGACGCUGAGCUUCAUCCUGGUCCACAGACCCCUCCCAGUCCCCUGAGGCCCCCUCCACUGCAGGGUCAAACCACAGCUCAGUUCAAGUUCAUCCAUCUUUCUCUGAUUAUUUCUGCUUUUCUUUCACAAAACUAAUGUUUUUAUUGUGGGUUUGUUUAAUGACCCCACGGCUGCUGCCUGCUGUGGUCGACUGGCCCUCAGAAACCCCACGUUUGGUUCCAGAGGAGAGAAGAGCGACGAAAGAGUUAAAGUCAAACAUGUUGAAAAACUGCAACCUGAAGGGUUUCUGUCCCUGCAGGGUCACAGAGUCCAAACUGAAACAGUUAAAACCAGAUAUCUUCAACUCCCAAAUCAUUCUYUUCCUGCCUUAAGAAACAGUUUAUUUGACUUCCUGCAAUCAUUUGAAGUGUAAAAGCAAUAAAACUUGAAUUUUAAACCUCAUAUUUGCAGCCAAAGCAGCUGAGCUUCUGUUCUCCUCGAUGUGUUUUAUACCAGGUGUGGAUGAAAGGAGCAAACACAUCCAACACAGUCCUGUUUGUUUGCACACUUCUUUCACUACAUGAUGUUUAUUGUAAUGUAACAUAAAGCACCAUUUCUAAAAUAAUAAUAAAAUCCUUUGUCAUAUAAAAA